AGCAUAAGCAAUUAAGUUUCAUUUUUCAGUUUACGUUGUUGCUCCUUACAACAUGUUGUCUUCACUUCCUACUUCUUCAAAAAUUCCUAACAAGCCCCUUUUUCGUUCAUUAUCCUCCCGUGAUUCGCCUGCACUAGUGGUUGACAUCCCCGCCACCAUUGAGCUCAGAAAGCCUGGAAGGCGAUGGCGGUAUGCUUUUGCAGUAAUCUAUUCUACCCGCGCUCUACUUUCUCUUGCCAAGGGAAUUGUAGUUCACGCAAGUCAUACCAUUGUCAACGUCAAUCCAAGCAUUGAAUAUCGCACUUUAAGCAAUCAAAAUGAUCACCACUACCAUGUGGAACCAACAAGCCUAGUGAAGAUGGUGAAGGAGAAGAGUUUUGAUCUUCUUCGCCAACUCGGAGGAGUACAAGCCAUUGUGACAAAUCUUGGAAGUCAUGUUGAUAAUGGUAUCCAUGGGGAUGAUGAAGAUGUGAGAAGGCGACGCGAGGCCUUUGGUUCAAACACUUACCACAGGCCACCUCCAAAGGGCUUUCUUCAUUUCUUGUUGGAAGCCUUUAAAGAUUCCACUAUUAUUAUACUACUGGUAUGUGCAACUCUAUCUCUUGCUUUUGGUAUUAAAGAAAAUGGGAUAAAAGAAGGUUGGUAUGAUGGCUCGAGCAUAACUUUCGCGGUCUUUUUAGUUGUUACUGUAUCAGCAGUGACUAACUUCAGGCAAUCAAGACAAUUUCAUGAAUUGUCUAAAGUUAGUAACAAUAUCCAAGUUGAAGUCACAAGAAAAGGGAGGCCUCAAAAAAUCUCCAUAUUUGAUAUUUUAGUUGGAGAUGUGGUGAAUUUGAAGAUUGGAGAUCAAAUUCCAGCUGAUGGGUUGUUCUUAAAUGGCCAUUCCUUACAAGUAGAUGAAUCAAGCAUGACAGGAGAGAGCAACCACGUCGAAAUUGAUGAGAAUGUCAAUCCAUUCUUAUUUUCCGGAGCCAAGAUAGCGAAUGGGCAUGCUCGGAUGGUUGUCACUGCGGUGGGGAUGAACACUCUGUGGGGUGAGAUGAUGAGUUCCAUAAGCCAGGACUCAAAAGAGCAAACUCCACUGCAAACUAGACUCAGCAAAUUAACUUCCUCUAUCGGAAAGGUUGGUUUGGUUGUUGCUUUUCUUGUUCUUCUUGUGUUGUUAACUCGUUAUUUCACAGGGAAUACAAAAGAUGAGAAUGGAUAUCAAGAAUUCAAUGGUAGAAGGACCCAAUUUGACGAUGUUAUGAAUGCCAUGGUACGCAUUAUAGCAGCUGCGGUGACAAUUAUUGUUGUAGCGAUUCCUGAAGGUUUGCCGUUGGCAGUGACACUCACUCUGGCCUAUUCCAUGAAAAGAAUGAUGGCUGAUCAAGCAAUGGUUAGGAAACUCUCGGCCUGUGAGACAAUGGGCUCAGCAACCAUCAUUUGCACCGAUAAAACCGGUACACUUACCAUGAAUAAAAUGAUGGUGACUAAAUUUGUGCUGGGCAAAGAUCACAUUACAGGAAAUUUUAGGGACAUAGUAUCCCUUAAUGUUCUUGAAUUGCUCCACCAAGGAGUGAGCCAGAACACUACUGCUAUUCUUUACAAAGCCACCAAAGGGUCUGAACCAGAGUACUCUGGCAGUCCAACAGAGAAAGCUAUCCUCUCUUGGGCUGUCCAAGAAUUAGACAUGAAUGUCAAAGAAUUGAAACAAAAUUAUGUCAUCUCCCAUGUGGAGACCUUUAAUUCGCAAAAGAAACGAAGUGGGGUUCUUAUAAAGUGUAAGAUUGACAAUACUUUCCAUGUCCACUGGAAAGGAGCGGCUGAAAUGAUACUAGCCAUGUGUUCAAGUUACUACGACAAGUCCGGCAUCAUCAAACCCAUGGAUGAUGGCCAGAGAGAUGAGAUCAAGCGAAUAAUUGAAGGUUUGGCAGCAGAAACCCUUCGAUGUAUUGCAUUUGCUCAUAAACAAAUUAUAGAGCCAGUGUCACAUUGCAUUGAUGAUGGAAAGAUGCAGUUAAAAUUAGACGAAGACGGCUUGAUUUUCUUAGGCAUAGUGGGUUUAAAGGACCCAUGUAGGCCUGGUGUGAGACAAGCUAUGCAAGUCUGCAAAAAAGCUGGAGUGAAGAUAAAGAUGAUCACUGGUGACAACAUUUUCACUGCAAGAGCUAUAGCAAUUGAGUGUGGGAUACUUGGAUCAAAUCAAAGUAUUAAUGACAGUGAAGUAAUAGUAGAAGGUGAAACAUUCCGUAACUAUACCCCUGAAGAGAGGAUGGACCGAGUUGAAAAAAUUCGCAUCUUGGCAAGAUCUUCCCCACUCGAUAAGCUUCUAAUGGUCCGGUGCUUGAAGCAGAAAGGCCAUGUUGUCGCGGUCACAGGAGAUGGCACAAAUGAUGCACCGGCUCUAAAAGAAGCCGAUGUUGGACUGUCUAUGGGCAUUCAAGGCACUGAAGUGGCCAAGGAGUGCUCAGACAUUGUCAUUUUGGAUGACAACUUCACAACACUAGUGACUGUAUUGAAGUGGGGGAGAUGUGUGUAUAACAACAUCCAAAAGUUCAUUCAAUUCCAACUCACUGUCAAUGUUGCCGCCCUUGUGAUCAAUUUCGUUGCAGCAUGUUCUGCUGGUGAAGUCCCACUAACAACGGUCCAAUUGUUGUGGGUUAAUCUGAUCAUGGACACAUUGGGGGCUCUGGCUCUGGCCACAGAGAGACCAAGUGAUGAACUCAUGGAGAAGAAGCCAGUGGGUCGAGUAGAGCCACUUGUGACCAAUGUCAUGUGGAGGAACCUCAUCUCUCAAGCACUCUAUCAAAUCUUGAUCCUCUUGAUACUUCAAUUUAAAGGACAGUCUAUCUUCAAUAUGAGCUUAAAGAUAAAGAACACCCUUAUCUUCAACACAUUUGUUCUUUGCCAGGUCUUCAACGAGUUUAAUGCUAGGAAAAUGGAGAAGAAGAAUGUCUUCAAAGGGUUGCGUAAGAAUCGAUUGUUUCUUUGGAUAGUGGUAGUAACUGUUGUUCUUCAGGUUAUAAUGGUGGAGUUUUUACACAAAUUUGCGAAUACGAAAAGGUUGGAUUGGCUACAAUGGGGUUUGUGCAUUGUAUUAGCAGCAAUGUCCUGGCCUCUUGCUUGGGUCGUGAAGUGCAUACCAGUUCCUGAAAAACCAUUUCUUACCUAUGUAACAUGGAAACGCUUGAGAGGUCCAAUUUAGAUGUGUGUGUGUGUGUGUGUGUUAGGGAAUGUUUUUAAGUAUUGUAAUAAGGUCUUUUCAUGA